GAACAAUUAUUGUUGUAAGUCUCCUUAUUGUAUUCAAUAUCUUAAAUGAAGGGAAUAAGCCUCUUGAAUUCUUCUCUAGUUUUUUUCUCUUGAGAGUGUGAGUGUGGGUAUUUUUUCUCGGGAAAUUUUAAAUUUUAAAAAUAAACUAGAUCUUCAUAAAAUAAUAUUUUUAUUAUAGAUUAAAAUGACUUUUACGGAUAUUGAGAUGUUAUCAUUAGAGCAUCAAAAUAAUCAAAUAUCUUCUGAUGUCAAUCCAAGAAGAACUUCACACUCAAUUCAAAACCAACAUCCUGUCGAAACUAUAUCGAAUGUUCUCCCCAAAACCGUUAGGACUCCAUCAAAGAAACCGGAUCAUCGUUCGCAUAAGCUGAAUUCCAAGAAAACGCUCUCCAUCUUUGUUGUGUUCACACUCAUAUCAAUGAUCAUUGGCAUUCUUACAGUUUGUUUUUCAUCACCAAAACCAUUAGGUAAAACGUGUACGUUUAUUUUGAAAUCGGAAGCUCCAAGUUUAAUUGUUAGUGAUUCACAUCCGCAUUCUAUUGCCGUUGCUGAUUUUAAUAAUGAUCACCUUCCUGAUAUUGUUGUUCCUUAUUCUGGCACAAGUAAUAUAGGAAUAUUUCUUCGACAGGACAACACUACAUUUAGAGAUCAAAUAACUUAUUCAACUGGUUUCAAUUCACUUCCAUAUGCUGUCUGUGUUGGUGAUUUCAAUCAUGAUCAACAAACAGAUAUAGCUGUAGCUAAUUAUGGUGCCAAUAAUAUUGGUAUUUUUCUUGCAAAAGGUAAUGGUACUUUUAUGACACAAAUUACUUUUUCUACUGGCUCAUCUCGACCAUUAUGGAUUGCUGUUGGUGAUAUGAACAAUGAUAAACAACUUGAUAUAGUCGUUGCAAAUUAUGGUACGAAUGAUAUAGGUAUUCUUUUUGGAGAUGGUCUUGGAAAUUUUGCAACACCAAAAACAUUGUCAACUGGUUAUGAUUCUGUUCCAUAUUCACUUGUCGUUUCUGACCUUAACAAUGAUGGCAAACUUGAUAUUAUUGUUGCAAAUCAUGGUACUAACAACAUAGGUAUAUUUGCUGGACAGGGAAAUGGUUCAUUUGAAGCGCAAGUCAUAAUUAGUACUGGAUAUAAAUCUCAACCCUAUUCAGUUGCUGUU